CGUCACUCCGGGGCCCCGUACUCGACGCUAAUAUCUUGCUUCGAUUUAGGGGUAUUUGAGGAAACUUUCUUUCUGCGUCAACGCCUUCGUUCUUCAUCGUCAUCAUCAUCUUCCGUUACCUCUGAAGCUGGUUGGCUUUGCUUGAGAAGAUCCAGAUGGCGGCAGCGAUCGAGAUUGAGGACGUAAAGACUGCACCAGCUGAUUUUCGCUUCCCCACUACAAAUCAAACAAGGCAUUGUUUCACACGCUACAUUGAGUUUCACAAGUGCCUGGCUGCAAAAGGUGAAGAUUCUGGUGAAUGUGAAAAUUUUGCAAGAUAUUAUCGUUCUCUCUGUCCAGGGGAAUGGAUUGAGAAGUGGAACGAGCAGAGACUGAAUGGAACAUUCCCAGGUCCUCUCUGAGCUCGGAAGUGUAUUUCUUGUCUAUUGGAUCUUCUUUGUGCUUCACCAAUGAUGUGUUGACCAAAGUUCCUUCCUACAAUUAUGGAAUAUUGAAGAACCAUGGGUUUGUUAUUGAAAUUUCAAGCUGGUUGUUGGGGUCAUCUCCUGUGAACGUUCAUAUGUCAUUUGAGUGGGAUGAGUUCUGAAACAUCCUCGUUAAUAAGAAGGCUACUUAAGGAGAUUGUUUCUA